GUGGCAUAUGUUAUGCGACAAAAGAUCCCCUUUGGCAUCGCGCAGAUUGGCAAAGCCUUCCGCAACGAAAUUACCCCCAGGCAGUUUUUGUUCCGAUCACGGGAAUUUGAACAAAUGGAGAUCGAGUACUUCAUCGAUCCAGAGGCUGACUUCAAAGCCAUCCAGGAGGAUUGGAUCAUGGAGAUGUGGAACUUUUUGAAGGCGACAAAGUGA